AUGGCAACUGGAUCUUUCGGUACACCAGUGUCGGUGCAGGUGGCUUGCCGAACCAGUCCUGCUCUCCCAAUAUAUUUGAGUCGAACAUGUAGCUCCGUUUCAUCGGCUAAUCUGCGCCGGCCGAGAUAUCCUCAUCUGUGUCCUGGACUUGAGUCCGCUGCGGUUGUGCCUCAAAAUCCGUUGAGGGAUCGUGUUCGCGUCUGGGCACCUCCCAUUCUCUCGGAAAAUAGAACUUCGCUGCUCUAA